GCCCCGAUGCCACCUGAACCCCCGCCAGGGGCCAGAGGUCUCCCCGCGGCCCGCGCUCCGCUCGGAGGACAGACAGCGGGUGCCAUGGGCGCGGGACGCCGGUCGCUGCUGCUGCUGCCGCCGCUGCUGCUGCUCCUGCGGGGCGCGGAGCUGCCCGCCUGGCCCAUGGCCGCGGCCCCCGCGCUGCGCUGGCUCCUGGGCGACCCGGCCUGCUGCGCGCUGGUCGGCCUGGCGGCGCUGGCGCGGCCCUGGCUCCGGCCCUGGAUGCCGCCAUGGCUGAGCCUGGCGGCCGCGGCCCUAGCACUGGCCCUGCUGCCGCCCCGGCCGCCCCCCGCGCUGCGCUGGCUGCCCGCGGACCUGGCCUUCGUGGCUGGCAUCCUUCGCGCGGGCCUGGCCAUCCGCGCGCGCUUCCGCCGCGCGCCCCCCGACACCUUCGUGGACGCCUUCGAGCGGCGCGCGCGGGCGCAGCCGGGCCACGCGCCCCUGGUGUGGACUGGCCCCGGGGCCCGCGCGGUCACCUACGCGGAGCUGGACGCCCGGGCCUGCCGCGCGGCGUGGGCCCUGAAGGCGGAGCUGGUCGACCCCGAGGGCGCGGGGCCCCGGGAGCCCGCCGCCCUGCUGAUGCCGGCGGCGCAGGCCGUCCCCGCGCUGGGCCUGUGGCUGGGGCUGGCCAAGCUGGGCUGCCCGGUGGCCUGGAUCAACCCGCACGUCCGCGGGGCGCCCCUGGCGCACUCGGUGCUGAGCUCCGGGGCGCGGGUGCUGCUGGUGGACCCUGACCUCCGCGAGAACCUGGAGGAGAUCCUCCCGCAGCUGCAGGCGGAGCACGUGCGCUGCUUCUACCUCGGCCUCACCUCCCCGACGCCGGGGGUGGAGGCGCUGGAGCCCGCCCUGGACGCCGCGCCCCCGGGCCCCGUGCCCGCUGACCUGCGCGCGGGCAUCACACGGAAGAGCCCUGCCCUGUUCAUCUACACCUCGGGGACCACCGGGCUCCCGAAGCCGGCCAUCCUCACGCACGAGCGGGUGCUGCAGAUGAGCAGGAUGCUGGCCCUGAGCGGGGUCACAGCUGACGAUGUGGUCUACUCUGUCCUGCCCCUGUACCACGCGAUGGGCCUGGUCCUCGGGGUACUCGGCUGCCUGGAGCUCGGAGCCACCUGUGUCCUGGCCCCCAAGUUCUCCGCCUCCUGCUUCUGGGAGGACUGUCGGCGGCAGGGAGUGACCGUGAUCCAGUAUGUGGGCGAGGUACUGCGGUACCUGUGCAACGCUCCCCAGCGACCCGAGGACCGGACGCAUACCGUCCGCCUGGCGAUGGGCAACGGGCUCCGCGCGGACGUGUGGGAGGCCUUCCAGCGACGCUUCGGCCCCAUUCGGAUCUUUGAGGUCUACGGCUCCACGGAAGGCAACGCCGGCUUCGUCAACUACCCCGGGCGCCGCGGGGCAGUGGGCAAGACGAGCUGCAUCCUCCGGGCGCUGUCCCCCUUCGAGCUCGUGCAGUUCGACACGGAGGCGGCGGAGCCCGUGCGGGACAGAGCAGGCCUCUGCGUGCCCGUGGGGCCAGGGGAGCCCGGGCUGCUGCUGACCCGGGUGCUGGGCCGCAACCCCUUCCUGGGCUACCGCGGGCCCCGGGAGCUGUCGGAACGGAAGCUGGUGCGGAAGGUGCGGCGCGCGGACGACAUUUACUACAACACCGGGGACGUGUUGUCCAUGGACCGCGAAGGCUUCCUCUACUUCCACGACCGCCUCGGGGACACCUACCGAUGGAAGGGUGAGAACGUGUCCACGCGGGAGGUGGAGGGCGUGUUGUCACUCGUGGACUUCCUGCAGCAGGUGAACGUCUACGGCGUGUCCGUGCCAGGGUGUGAGGGCAAGGUGGGCAUGGCCGCUGUGCAGCUGGCCCCCGGCCGGGCCUUCGACGGGCAGAAGCUGUACCAGCACGUCCGCACGUGGCUCCCGGCCUACGCCGUCCCCCAUUUCAUCCGCAUCCAGGACGCCCUGGAGAUCACCAACACCUUCAAACUGGUCAAGUCCCGGCUGGUGCGCGAGGGCUUCGACGUGGGCGCCAUUGCGGACGCGCUGUUCGUGCUGGACGGCCAGGCCCAGACCUUCCGGCCGCUGACACAGGACACGUACCGGGCCGUGUGCGAGGGCACCUGGAAACUCUGAACCGCUGGCCGGCGGACGGGCACGUGAAGGGGCCAGGCCAACGCUGACCGCUGUCGAAAAGCAAUAAAAAACGGGAGCACUUUGCCAUCGAGCUGCCGCUGCAAUGCCAGAGGAGCCACCGUGCAGGUCUCACGUCUCAAGCCUUUUGACUGUGAAGACGGGGCCUAAUCGACCUUGUGUCCUGAAGAUCUGUUUGCAGGAAUAACAAGAAAGCAUUAGGACCAGUGGACUGGUGGCUACAGAGCUGAAAAAUGAAAAACAAUAGCACUGCCUUCCGUCUAUGGAUGUAACUGCGCCCCUGCCCUUUCCCGUGAAUGUCCCUGGCCUCUGUCUCCUGAUCAGAACACUACUGGGCGUCUGCCUGAGUCAGUACUUCAGGAAUAGUUAUCCCCUCCCCCCCACCUGCCUAAUUUUCAAAUAAACGCUAGUUUCUUCUCGCUUUGGAA